GCUAACUGAAAGGCCUCGGAGCAAAACAAGCAAGUCUGCAGGCUGAGUGUGAUUGCACAUCCAGUUCCGGGAUGAUAUGAUACAACAGCAAGUGAAAGAGGGAACGGCCCCCUCUGUGAGCAUGGCCUCGGAACUCCAUGACGCCAUCUUCAUCGCCAAACAGGAGCGCCACAAGAACCUGUUCCUCAACUACAGGAACCUGAACAUCUUUCCUGUGGAGCUCUUAAAAGAUGAAGGCCUGCAGUUCCUGGAAAGGCUCUACAUGAAAAGAAACUCGCUCACAACUCUGCCUGAUAAUCUCGCACAGAAACUCCCCAACCUGAUCGAACUGUAUCUCCACUCAAACAACAUUGCGUUCAUUCCACAAGCUAUUGGGAACUUGGCGAGAUUGCAGUCUCUGGAUCUGAGUGAUAAUGCCCUACAGGUGAUCUGUCCCGAGAUCGGCCGCCUGCACUCGUUACGCCACUUACGACUGUCCAACAACCAGCUGAAAUGUCUUCCACAAGAGCUGGGGGAUUUGAAGGAGCUGGAGACUCUGGACGUGUCCAUGAAUCUGUUAAGGACUCUCCCAGAGCAGCUGCACCAGUGUGUGUCUCUGCAGUGUCUGACCGCCGACCGGAACGUCCUGCAGUGCCUCCCUCGUCAGCUGUGUCAGCUACCAGACCUCAACGAGCUCUCCGUGGCUGCAAACUGCCUCAGAUCACUGCCUCUGGAUCUCGGCCGCUCCAUGGAGAUGCAGUUCGUCUUCGUGGACAACAACGUUCACCUCAAGGGCUUGCCGUCUUACCUGUAUAACAAGGUCAUCGGCUGCAACGGGUGUGGCAUUUCUCCACAUGUCUCCGAUAUGACACAGCUGUCCCUGGCCAUCGGAGAUUUGAGCGUGCCUCUGCCCUCUGAAGUAAAGGCUAUUGGCACUGAGGCAGAUCGCGUGCUGACGUUAGAAGAGAUAGCAAUGAGAGCACUGCAUGUAGCAUACAGCAGGAACAGGAAGGACUCUGCGUUCUUGUCGACGUUCCUGCUACCCACCAGCCUGUUAGAGUUGUUCCAGUGUCCGCUGGGUCACUGCCAUCGCUGCAGUCAGCCCAUGUUCACCAUCGUCUAUCCCAAACUCUUCCCCCUCAGAGACACCGCACUGGCUGGAGUGCACAGGAGAACGACAGUGAGUUUUGUAGCGUAUUGCUGCUCCAGCCAGUGUUUGCAGAUGUUUGACCUACAGAGUUGAUCUCCCCUUCCAUCCAUCAUGGUGCAGUUGUCGGGACGUGCCAAGAGAAUGUUGCAAUAUCUUGAACUACAGACUAACAGUGGACACCUUGGACUUCCUGAGGACAUCCAAAGCAGUAAAAGUUUUGGCACCCUUUCAAUCAUCAGCAUUGGCACGUUCUCUUAAAAUAAGAAUAGUUUUUCAUUUUAUGAUAUUUUUUUAACUAAUUCUAACAGAAGCUCUUGAGCACCUUUCAUCUUUCUUUGCCAGAUCUUCUUCUUCUUCAAACCUCUAGAAAGAUGAAAAGUAUUUUUGAAUACAGCCAAAGUGUCCUGAUGAUUUUCAGAACUAUUCUUCCGGUAUUUAUUCUUAUAAGGAUUGAUCUUCUGUGUAAAUCUUUUUUUUUUUGGACUGUGACUUUUAUGACUGUUAGAGAUCCAGUGAAGCACUACAGAAUGUUUGAAACGGAUCAUGUGGGUCAUGUACAUGCUAUUAAAGGAAUAUUUGGGGGGGGGGAUCAAUUUUGCACAAUUUCACCCAAACCCCAGCAUAGAUGAUCAACCAAGAUGUUUGGUGUCGGAAUUUUUUUUCCCCCCCUUCCUUCCCAAAAAAAAAAAAAAGUCUUGCUCUGGCUAAUGUUGCUAACAAGUCAUUGAAAGGUAGAAGAAGUAGAUGACGGAUACUAAAAACCUUGACCAACUGUCUGAAUUGGAUUUUUAUUUAUUUAUUUUUGCUAAUUCACUCCUUUUAAUGAAUCAUGAUGUCCUGUAAUAGAUACAUUACUCGUGGCCACAACCACAAUCUGCAUCCAAAGCUGUUCAGGAUUUUGUGUGGUUUGUCAUUGAUUUUUUUUUUCCCCCCCCAACUCGACCUUUCCACACGAACAUCUGACUGAAAUGAAAUAACAUGACGUUCGUCAUUAUUUAUACAACUAUAUGAAACACCACUUUUCCAUUGAUGUCUAGUUACCUGGAGACUUGGAAACAUUAAGUAAAUAAACGUCACUGUUUUAGAGUAUUUGUAGUGUUGAAGUGUUUUAAAUGGUACAGUAUUUAUUGCUUCAUUAAAUGCUUUAGACCACUGUAACAUCAUAACAUUUGAAAAGUUAAUUGAAAGUUGCAUUUGGCUACAGAUUAGUGUGGCUACAAUUUAAUCUUCUCAUUCUGUUCGUAUGGGAUUCUGUAGAGGCUUGCUCAUUCCCAGCAGGAAUUUUAUUGAAGGAAUUAAGCAAUGUGUGGACAUGUUGAUGACUUAUUACCUUCAGGUACAAAACGAGCCAGGUUUUUGAAUCACUUCCAUGGUGGUGUCUGAGCCUGUUCUAAACUCAUGACGAGCUUGUACAACCUCAGUUCCAAAAAACGUUGGGACAAUGUGUAAAAUGUAAAUAAAAUCAGAAUGUGAAGAUUUUGCAAAUAAUGGAAACCUUAUAUUUUAUUGAAAAUAUUACAAAGACAAUAUAGCAAAUGUUAAAAUUGAGAAA